AUGGCUCCAACAGCAACAACAACGCCAAGAGGUGUUCGUAAAGGUGGCGAACGAAAAUCGAAAUCGGCUCGUGCAGGUGUUCUGUUUUCCGUGCCACGUUUUCAUCGUUAUAUUAAAAAGAGUUCUCCAAAGAGUCGUGUAACUAUGGCUGCUGCCGUUUAUACAGCUGCUGUGAUUGAAUAUUUAACUGCUGAAGUUCUCGAAUUAUCAGGUAAUGCAGCGAAGGAUCAUAAAAAACAGCGUAUCAAUGCUCGACAUGUAUUUUUGGCUGUUAGCAUUGACGAAGAACUCAAAAAGCUUCUUAAUGGUGUAACAAUUCCACAAGGUGGUGUUUUACCACAUAUUAAUUCAUUUUUAUUCAAAUCGAAAUCAGGCAGUGAUGAUCAUAGCCAAUCGGCACCUAAGUCAGAUGCAUCUCGCUCAAAUACAACUACAGUACCUCGAACACCAUCAGCUCUUACAACAAAGAGUGCAUCAAUGGGUGCUGGUAAAGCAAGUUCAUCAGCUACAGGAACAACCAAAAAGGCAGCUUCUACAUCAGCGGGAAAUGCAACCAGCUCUGCCUAA